AUGAGCUCCCUCUCCCUUCUCUCUCUCCACAACGAGAUCCUUCUCGAGAUAUUGUCCCUCCUGGGCCGCGGCGAUGCACUCGCGAUCUCUUCCACGCACCAGAGCCACUCUCACAAGUCCCCCGCGUCCAGCACCUCCGACAUUUCACCCUCCACCACUUUCUCAGCGUCGAUCCAGGCCUCCAACCUCCGCAUUAUUGAGAUCCACAGCUUCGAGUUGUUCGUACACCAAGCCGGAAUCCUCGUAGAUGCUAUCGGCGCCAUGCACAACCUCGAGCAAGCCAGUCUGAUAGAUGUCGGUCCUGAGACGGUGGCUGCUCUGCCGGAGAUCCUCUCGAGCCGGUACUUGACCUCAUUGACCCUUGAAUUCGACGAGAUGUACUUUGGGCCUGGUGGCAUCGACCUCGAGGAUCUCGUGUCCGGCCUCGCCUCCAUGCAGAACCUACACACCCUCACCCUCAUCUCGUACCUCGUGUCUACGAAUUCCCUCCGACUGCCUGAUGCAACACAAACCGUCCUUCCCUCCAUUCGCCACCUUUCCUUCUGCUGCCUUUCUCAGACCCCCCCUGGUAUCAUACCCCUGUGUCCAAACAUCAUCACCUUGUCUCUUCGGCUGAAUGCGGAGGGACAGCGCCCCGUGAUCCUUUCCAUGGCAGAUGAAGACCGAUGGCCCACCGGACUCAAGCGGCUCGACGUCCUCUCCCCUGUGUUCAUCCCGGCUGCGAGGCGCAUCGGGCACGUCGGAUCGUUGGCAUUGGGGGAGGUCUCCGGCCUAGAGGUCUUCUCCGACUUCUUCCAGCUUCCGUUGACCGUCCGGCCCACUGCCCUCGAGCUCCACACGACACCCACAAUUGCGGUUCCGCGUCGUGUCUGGGAAACACUGUGCGAUGUCGCGCCCGGGCUGCGCUCGCUCGAGGUCGUGGUCACGUCGGGGGAGUGCGAUGAGCCGCUCCUCGCCGCACUGCGAUCCGCCCCCCUAGCGCUCGUUCACUUUUCCCUCCACUUCCCGCCGACCACACAACGCCAUCACGCGUCGAGCAUAGCCCAAGUGGACGGCUGGCGCGCGGCGGAAGUCCGCCGCGUCGAAGCGCUCCGGCCGCUCUCUCUGCGGCUCGUCAAGGCUGUCCCGACGUUCCGCGUCCUCUCGUGCUCCUCCUGUCUCCCCGGAUCCACAGGCUUCGACACAUGGCGGGCGCGGGCGCGGCACACGGACCUCGACGCGGGGGUGAGGGCGGAGCUCGCGCGCGAGAACGUCGUCGAGCGGCGGUGGGGGCCGGCGAGCGAGUUCGUGAGCCCCGCGCUGCGGAGGCUGAAGGAAUUGUGGACGGAGAUCCCGCGCGACGAGCGGUGGUGGUGGGUCGAGGGCGACGGCGCGGCUAGCAGACCGGUGGAGGUCUGGAGGGAGGCCGGGGAGCAGGCGCGCGAACACGCGAACUUUGACCCUACGAGCAGCCUCGAUGGUGAGCGUUUCAUCGCGCUCGAGGGGUCCGUCGUGCACGCGGGAACUGCUAGAGGUGGAUGUGCGGUAUGCACCUCAAACCAAAACGUGGCAAGCAGCUCCUCAGGGAGCGGCGCGGCGGCGAGGACAGAGGGAUUGGAAGAACUGUAA